AUGUCCUUCACUUCAAAAGCAUCCAAACACCAAGCUGAACUAACAGUAAAUAAACUAUUUGCAGAUAUACUACAUACCCAACCAACAACAUCAUCUUCCACUACCAAAGACAAUGCAAAACUUUCAUCAACGCAGAUUUUAACCAACCAGCUCCACCCAACACACUCUACGACAAGUAAGGCCAAAUCGCAAAAGAAAAGAAAGCUACAAAAGGUGAAAAAGAAGGAAAUUGAAGAUAAGAAAUUCCAAAAGUUUAUCAAAUAUAAUCAUAUUUUAUCUAAAGAUCCAUCACAACAAACAGAUGCCGAUAAAGCAUACAUUAGGAAACUUGUGCGUAAAAAUACGAAUCAAGUCAAGAACUUGUCUCAUAUUGAUGAUUUUGAAGUCGAGUCCGAAUUGGAUAUGGUCAAACUGCAAUUGUUGACUGAUUUACAACCGAAACUGAAACUGAGAUUAAGAAAGAGAUUAGUGGUUCCUAGAAGCAGUAAGGGUGAUGCUGACGGUGUAUCGAAGCAGGAGUUUAUUGAUUUUGACGACAAGGUUCAACGUGGGUUGAUUUCUGUGCCCGGAUUGACUCCAGGAUUGGCUCCAGUCGAUGAAAAUGAAUCCGAAUCAGAUACGGAAUAA